AUGCUUCCUAUUGAACAACUUCUCAAUCCCGUCAAAGCCUCCAGGCACGGCAGAGACGCCUACAGAACCAUAUUACCACAUAAUAUAACCGGACCGCAGAGUGACGGAAGCAGCAUGGCCCAGCCUCUGAACGGUGCCUCGCCAGCCACUGCGCAAAGUCCAAUCAACUUUCCUCCCUACGAAAGGAUAGACGACCAAUCAGUCCAACAAGCCAAGAAAUACCAGAUAAUACAGUUUGGCAGGAUAAGCAGCAGCUGCGAGCAUAUUCCAUACAACAGCUCCAAGAAGGACUUUUUCGCCAAGACUGGCCGAGAAUGCAUCCAAGCGUUUAAAUACAAUUUCCAACUCCCGGGGAAAGCAAAAAUCUACACCGCCAUGUGGGACUAUAGCACAGGCUUUGUGCGGAUGACACCCUUCUUCAAAUGCAUGGGAUAUGCAAAGACAAAGCCAUCGCAAGUCCUUGACAGGAACCCCGGUUUGCGAGAUGUUUGCCCCAGCGUCACAGGUGGCGCGGUGGUUGCUCAAGGUUACUGGAUGCCUUAUACGUGUGCUAGAGCGCUGUGCGCGACGUUCUGCCAUGAGAUUUCUGGCGCCCUGACUCCCAUCUUUGGUCCCGGCUUUCCAGCAGACUGCGUUUCCCCGGCUUCGCCAUACUUUGGUGACAUGGUCAUCAGCCAACGAUUGAUCCUGGAUGCCAAAGCCCAAAAGUCCGUCUUCAGCAAGCAUUGUGCGAGCGUUGACGGCGGGAGCCAUGGCCUGCGGCGAGGCCGCGCAAACCACAAUCCUUGCACUAGGGACCCUCCGUCUGCAUCCAGCGCCGAGUCCGGUGGACCACACGACCUAGGUGAAGCAGCGCACGAUGCCGAGGCCAAACCGACGCGGAAACGAAAGCGCACUUCUUCGGAGCAACAGGGCCAAGCGCACCGUCGUCCUCCAAAGGCGGUGGCCAGACGCUCGCCCAUAGCCGUCUCGAGUUCAGCCCUCGGGGUCAGUGGUCAACCGGAAAGUACUGCUCCCGCCUGCUUCAAAGAGGACUCAACCCCACAGAACCUAGAACAGGCAACAAGGCACAGGCGCAAGGGAAGAGAGAUGAAGCGGGAUGAACCUGUAGACCAGCAAGCACAACAUUCGCCCCGGGGCGGCAAGUCUUGA